AUGAGUGAAGAAACUGGAAUAGAGGACUUUGGCGUCGCUCUAGUGCCUAUGCAACUGGAUGCCUUCGUCCUCAAUCCAGCUGUAUGCGGAACGGGCAGUGAUCAAGAUACUACCGCGCGCAUCUGUCCCAUCACUCAGCCCAACUACACCUUCCUGAGGCUUGACAGCUUCCUACUCCAAAGCGAUGUACAGAAUCACGUCGCUCUGCACAAUACCGCCCCAGCGUCUAUCAACUCACGAUUGACCGACCUAGGCGGUCGUCCGGACCCCAAACCGCUCCGCCAUCGUCAUGGCGUCUAUGUCCACUGGACACUCCCCCGGUUCUACAGAUCGGGAGUUUCUUCAACAGGCUCUGUACCAGAGUCUAGAAAAAGAGCAGAGAGAAAGCGACGAGGUCUCGAUACCGCGUCCACUACGACCAGUGACGCUCCUCAUCAAACUCCCGACUUUCUGCAGCCGCCAACUCGCUGGAUUGUCAUCAGAAAGCUUGAGUUGGAUAGUAUCCAGCCUUCCAGCGCGAAAGACGCUUUCAAGGACCGCGAGUACGAGGCUUGGGUCGUUGAGAGCGAUUAUGUCUGGUCCUUGGAAGAUAUCCCCAUCCAGACUGACCUUCAGACUGAUCUAGCUCCCUUUGUGCUUGGCCAUGCUGGCACUGAUGUCAACAUCAACGAGCAAGCCGAGGUCUUCAUCGGGCGCAAGACGCCACUUGCAGAGUGGACUGAGAAUCCAAACCCGUCUGUUGAACCUCCAGAUAUCAGUCUGCUUCGAAGUGGAAACCAGCUUUUUGCCGACUUCCAGAUGCACAAUGCCAACGUUUUCAGCAUCUUGGAUAACUUCGAAUACGGUGAUAAAGCAGAUCCAUCGUAUCUUGACUACGCCAAGGCAAGCUACUACGUCCUUGGAUGGCAUUGGAAAGACACGGUUGAUCCUCUCUGGAAAGCGGGUACCGACUUCACUCAUGCAGAGAACCUGCAGUCGUUCUUCAUGACCCUUCAAGGAACAGAUCAAGCAAAUCCUGACCCAUGGAUGGAUCUCAAGAGUCAUAUCCGUAUCCUUUGCCACGGCUGCAUGUACGAAGUAGCCUGGGACCACGAGAACAAACCCAAGACAGUACCAGCCGACGGCUUCAAUGAUCGUCUGCGCGAUCAGAAACAAGCUGCAGUCGCGGUAGGAACAACCCCAAUGGAUGCGUUGCUCGCUUACUGCCACGCACGCGGUGACAACAGCGGUAAUUCAGAGGACGUCGCUAAACUGGAGGAAGAUAUUCUCGCUCUUGAAUCUCUCCUGCAAGCCCGCGACGAUGGUGUCGAGGGUCAAAGAGAAGCCAAAGACUCAGUCUACAACUGGUCCUAUGAUCGUUCCCCGGGUGGCACGCGAUAUUUCUUCGCUGAAGCUGAUGACAAGAGCACAAAUCAGCCCAAGGAGCCUGAGCCAGCAGCUAUUCAGAGGAUCAAUGAGUUGAAUCUCACUCAGGCACUUCUGGACUCUUGCAACAGAGCCAUGCUGCAGUAUCGCUGGGACAUGUUUUCCCUCUGGUGGAAAUAUGCCAGCGAUUUGGGUCAGAGCGAUAACCAGGGCAAUGACCAGAAUGAAUGGUUCAAGGCUGAAGCUGGUCGGAUCUCGAGCCGUAUAACUGGCCUCCAGACGCGAAUCAAAAGUCUUGAAGGGCAAGUUACCACUCUGUUGGGAAACAGCCUCUUGGCCACGGUCGAGUCGACAAGUGAGCCUGUUUUCUACGGCGGAAAUGAUCCUACCGUGCUUAUUGGUGGUAUCCCGUCUGGCUGGGCGCUUGACUAUCUUGAUAACCUGUGUAUUCGGGCGCCAUAUCAGACCAUCACAGGGGAUCAAGGCCUACCCAGCAAUCUCAGCACUAUCGCCGAUCUAGUCGAGGACAAGCUGUCCGCUGUUUUGACAGCAGCUGCCAAAGCGCUGAUCACAGAGUUCCAUGCCCUCCAACCUGGAGGUAGCGACUCUGGCUCACCAGCUGAAGGCAAAUUCUACCCUCAAUUCCAUGAUCAACUGACAACUGACAAGCGCUGGCGUGAUCAGUGGGGCGAUAGACAGCCAUGGUUUCCUCUCUACGCUGAGUGGGAGGUGGAAUACACCCAUAUCCCGUUUGAGUUCUGGAGCCUGGAUGAACACACCGCUCGCCAUUCGGAGAACAAGCUUGUCAGAUAUGGCAUUACAGUUCCAUCCAACAGUGAGACUCCUCCGCCGCUGUGGGAUGCUCUCUCGAGUGAUCAGAAGCAGGACAUUCGCGUUUUGUCCGGCCGAGUUCUGAUUCUGCCUCAGCCCAGCUUUGCCCUUGGUGCCAAGAUCAAGCAGCUCUUCCAGAACACACCACCCAGCAUCCUCGAUGAGUAUCUCCCAGAAGAGGAUCGCGAGAAUCUCCUUGCCAACAUCAGUGAGCUCUCUUAUCUUUCAUCGCCACUAUCAGGCUUCACCAGCGGUCUCGUCACCCAAGCAGAGGGCAGCCAUCUCAAGCCCGAAAACAAAGUCGUCGGUCCAGACGGAGAGUCCAGCUCUGUCCUCACGGCCGCAACAUUCGACCCCGCUGGCCUGACACAGGAUAAACUCCAGCUCAUCGACGGUAACUCGGCACUCACGCCGUACGCCGCACUGGUCAACUUCACCGAUAGUGAGCACUGCCCCUUCAAGCCCGUUACACAUGGCCAGUUCCGGUUCCGCAAGUUCAACGUCAUCGACAAGUUCGGCCAAUCCCUCAUGGCCAUUGAUCAGCGGCCACGAAGGAAUGGACCCCCGCCUAUUUACCCCUGCAUAAGCAACUUUUACGCUCCACAGGAGGUCACACUAGAUGAGCAGAAGUAUGCCAACACGGUGAUUAAGGAUAACCCGGAGCAGUCUGAGUUUCUGCAGCUGCCCCCGCAGAUGAAUCAACCAGCUCGUAUCAAUGCCAAGUUUGUCAGACGUAUUUCUGAUGACCCAGGUGGCACUCCGGGGCCUGCAACGUGGCGCCCUGUCACAGAAUGGGAGACACCGAUAUGGGGAUGGGUCAUCACCAACUAUGCCGACUACGGUAUUCAGAUCUUCCUCCCCGACGGGACAUUCUACCGUGAGGUUCGUGUUGGCGGGCCAUUGGGUACUCUGCAGUCACCGAAAUGGCUCCCCUUCAGCCCUGAAACAGAUGCACAGCCCACGCCUGAUACACGCGAGCUUGAUAUCCUCAUCUCCAAGCUGGCUGACCCGAAGUACCUCCUUGGGUUCUGGGGCAUGAUUACGACGGCACAGCAGAAGCUUCCUCCCGCUCCUGAUUCCUACGCGCAGUUCCUCAACUCUAUCGUCGGAAAGCCACUUGCUCUCGUCAAUACUGGCUGGUCCGUAGAGCUGAGCGGACCGCCUCUUGAUAUCCAGAGCACCCAAGUCAAGGUUGUUGAUCCCGAGCGCACACUACUGAAGCCAUCGAAUCCUGAUGACAAGACUCCGUAUUACGAGCUUCAGCUGCGCCUCGGUAAUGAAGAGGCUGGCUACGAUGGGCUAGUAGGCUACUUUGACACCACGGACCCUGGGUCUGAGAAGUUGAACUACGACAAGAUCAAGACCUUUUUCGUUCCAAAUGGUAACUCCACAGAGCCAUUGAUCCGUCUUGAUACAGAGCAGUAUCCAAUCUUCAGCCCCUUCUGGCAGCCCCCAUUCUCUGGCUCCUCCCCCACCAUUGAGCCCCAAGCUUACGAGAACCAACGCAACUCCCAGAUGUCAGUCUUCGGCGCCAUACUAGAUCCCUUCACACCCAUCCACGCAUACUCAUCCUUCCUCCCAGCAGCAGAGCUCCUCCUCCCACCAUGGACGUGGCAAAAGGCCAUGGACACCAUGACAGCCUUUUUUCACGCAGGGCCGUUGACUAUGCCCGUCAGCGACGUUCCGGGAUAUGUUGAAGCAGACAAACUGACCACCAAGAACUCUCGGGACAUGCCGAAGCGCAAUUUGCUGCUGCCUUCUCUUGGUGGUGGAGACUGGAGUUGGUUCCAGCCGUAUGCUGAGGAACAGGCUGCAGCGGGAGAUGAAGAUCCGGGGGCUGUUUAUAAUGCGUUUGGUAUUGAGAAGAAGGGUGAUUUGAUAAAGCCUGGGUUUCAGGAUGGACCAUAUGCUGUUGUUGAGGGGUUCUUGCAGUUGAGAAACCCGAUUGUGGCUCCGAGCAAUCCCCAGAAUGCAUGA